AUGACUGCUUCGGCUGUUCAAAGCCACCUGCACCACACAGCUGCGAGCGACUGUUACGACCCCGAUGACGUCCUUCCUCACAAUAGCCCACAAAUGCAAGCUCACCGCCCCAGACUACAGCCCUCACCCAGUCCUCCACCUGCUCUCAGCCCUAGCCGGAAGUCGUUCCACGGUCGCCGCAGGGUCGAGCCCAUUCAAGGCGAUGCGGUGUUAGUGGCUCACCUCGGAAACGGCAGACAGCCAGAAGUCGCCCAGACCGCCGCUCGUGAACCUCUAGCCUCUGACAACGGAUCUGAAUCUGAGUCGUCUUCCCCGACGUCUCCUGAGCGCGACAUGAACAAAUCGACAGAACCUUUCGAUCUCAAGAUCCUCGCUGCCGGCGCCUUGGCUUUCACUUCACCUGACGCCCCCGAAGCCUCUGCGCCAGUUACCAAACCCACCGCUGGGACGCCCAAAAUCGAUCAGUCGCGCUCAGGAGAUGGGUCCCGGGUUCACCACGAGGUGUUGCCUUUGGGGAUUAGCAGUCGGGAGUUGCCAAUCCGUGACGAGCGCCCAAGUCUAGCUGCUCCAGCAGUUGUUUACUCUGCUGGGGACAAGUACACUUCUCGUCGUUCCGCACCUAGUCUUUGCCAAGGCGAAGUCACGUCCCCGAUGAGCCCUCCACAGUCUGCUCCCAGUGGUCUACCUCCUCUUCUGGACUCCCCAAAGUCUGAUGGCAGCGGUCAUGGCCCCUUGCCAUCUAUAAGAUCACAGCUUGGGGACUUGCAGCACUUAGCAGAUACUGCCAGAAGUCCUGAGCAUGAUAUGGGUUCCGCGCGACACACCACUUCAUUUCCCCGGUCGCCGCCUGCCAACAUCCCCCGACUACCAUCGUUAGCCGGACUCCCAAUCGGUCAAACAUCACCUCCAAUCUCACCUAAUGAGGGCUUUCGUAGAGAUCACCCGUCGCCCGCGCACCCCCUGACCGGUGUUAGUCCUUACUACUACCCGUCUUCGUCGAGCGGUGGCCAUCACAGACCAAGUACCGACUAUAGUAGCAGUACGGCAGAAACACCGAGCACUGAUCAGACCACGUCAACGCCCGCCACCUCUGUGGCAGACCGCAUGAGCAUCGACGGUCUCACCAAUCCUCAGUACGCUAGCUGA